UUCAUCCUUUUGGGAUUCUUGGAUUUUCCCAUGCUCAAGAUUGUUCUCUUUGUUACAUUCAUGGGGACUUACCUUUCAACAGCAUUUUGGAACUUGGGCCUCAUCAUCCUGAUUGGGGUGGACCCCUACCUACAUACACCCAUGUACUUCUUUCUCAGCAACUUAUCCUUCUUAGAUUUAUGCUAUGUUACUUCCACAACCCCCAAAAUGCUCUCAGACUUCUUCAGGAAAUAUAAAUCCAUCUCCUUUAUGGGGUGCCCCAUGCAGUACUUCUUCUUUUCUAGCUUGGGUCUCACUGAGUGCUGCUUUCUUGCAGCAAUGGCUUCUGAUCGGUAUGUUGUCAUUUGUAAUCCUCUGCUUUACACAGUCAUCAUGUCCCCCAUCCUCUGUGUGCAGAUGGUUGGAGCCUAUAUAACUGGUAUUUUUGGUUCAUUGGUCCAAUUGUGUGCUUUACUUCAGCUCAAUUUCUGUGGGCCAAAUAUUGUCAACCACUUCUUUUGUGACCUUCCUCAAUUAUUAGCCCUAUCCUGCUCUGAAACAUUUUUCUUAGAAGUUAUGAAGUUUGUGAUAGCAAUGAUUUUUGGUGUGACAUCUCUCUUAAUCAUCAUGAUCUCCUAUGGUUAUAUCAUUGUUGCCAUCUUAAAGAUUAACUCAGUGGAAGGCAGGUCCAAGACUUUCAAUACCUGUGCUUCUCAUCUGACAGCAGUUACCCUCUUUUUUGGAUCAUCACUCUUUGUCUAUAUGCAUCCCAGCUUUGAUAAUUCUUUGGGCUAUGACAGGUUGGCAUCAGUCUUCUACACAGUGGUGAUUCCCAUAUUGAAUCCUUUGAUUUACAGUUCCUGGAAUAAGGAAAUCAAAGAUGCCCUUAAGAGGAGUAGGAAGAAGAGAAUGCUUUCCCACAGUCACUGUUAA